CAACUCCCCCUCAAGCUCCAUGGUGGAAUGCCCCUCUUGUCACUCGCGGGUGCUGCGGAAGCCUUCGACUGACGCCUCGCAGACCCUCGGGGCUCGUCGGGCGCCAUGGAAGCUCGCCUCUCACACAGUGAAGCUCAACCGCUACCAGGGAACCGUCGAGCGCUUCGAGUCCUUGUGGUCCUACCGCUCCAACUCUCAUGGGGACGAGCACACGGGCACGGGAACUUACUCCGGGCCUCACACCCCUCGAUCUCUUCGCCCGCACACGCCAACUGGAGGAACCGCCUCGCCUGUCCCCAUGGACUCGCCGCAUCUUCGCGUGCUCGAUCCUGAAGGAGCGGCAGGCGGCAUCGGGCAUGCGGCAUCAGGCCUAGACACGCAGAGGAGGAGCGUGACGAAGAACAGCGAUGGAACCUUGUUCGAGAUGCAGUCAGCUCCCAACCAGCUGCUCGAGGCUCUGCGCUUCUUUGAGCUCCCCCUACCCGAGAAGCAGAAGCCGGCGUACAGCUGGGGGGUGCAGGGGCCGAUGCAGAAGUCUCUCCUGGCCAGGUACAUCGAGUCAGUGGCGCGGGACGUGAGGAAGAUCUGCCUCGCCGAGCCGAGGUGCGUGCACGUGCGGGCUCCCUGCUACAUCCUCGGAGACCUCCACGGCAACUACCAGGACCUCAUUGCGUUCGAGAAGGCUCUGUGGAGGAUAGGACCGGCGCUAUCCCCCGCAAACUUCCUCUUCCUUGGGGACUACGUGGACAGAGGGGCGCACAACCUGGAGGUUAUCACCUACCUCCUCGCUCAGAAGGCUCUCUGCCCCGGCAAGAUCGUCCUGCUCCGAGGGAACCAUGAGAUGCGAUCGCAGAACUCUUACUCAGCGUACAACCCCUGCUUCAAGCAGUCGUGUGAGAUGGUGCUGGGAGAGGAGCUGGGGAGUCAAGUGUGGGAGAGUGUCAACCUUGCCUUCGACACGUUUCCCAUCGCUGCAAUAGUGGACAACAGCAUCUUCUGCGCUCAUGGCGGGAUCCCAUCGUCCGACGUCAUGCCAGGCGCUGCGGGAGCAGGAGGGCAGGCGGAGCUGAUCAACGAGAUCAACAAGAUCCCUCGAGACCUGCCUAUUCCCGAUCCCUCCUCGCCCCAGGGCUGCAAACUAGCAUGGGACCUCAUGUGGAACGACCCUUCCCCUCCCACCUGCGAGCCAGCCCAGAAGGUCGACAACAGCGGCUUCGGGCUGAACGUUACUCGGGGCACAGCUCACGUGUUCACUGCAGAGGCGCUGGAGAGGUUCCUGCACACGUACAACCUGAGCUACCUGGUGAGGGCCCACGAGGUGAGGAAGACAGGCUUCCAGGUGCAGCAGCACAGCCAGAUGGUGACAAUCUUCUCGUCCUCGGGCUACUGCGGCGCCCACAACGAGGCCUGCUGCAUCCUGGCGUGUGAGGGCAAGAUCCGCUUCAUCCGCCUCGAGCACUCUCUCCUUCCUCAGCUGGGAAGCCUUGCCUCUCGAGCAGCUGCUGCCAGCGCCAUGGUCGCAGCCUUGGCUGCCGGGGUCCAGCUUCCACCGGCUCAGUGUCUCCAGGCCUCGCUCAAGUCUCCCCACGUCUACUCCAGCACGACUGAAGUGCGCGCCAAGUAUCACGCGCUCAGCAACUCCAGAGGAGAGUCGCUGUCAAGCGCGGAGGAGGCAGCUGACCUGGUUGCUGCUGCCGCGCUGGCUGCUGCAGCUGUCGACCGAGUCAGCCCCCAGCAGAUGCUCCACCAGAGGAUCCAGCAGAAGCUGCAGGAGAGGCUGAAGGAGCAGAAGUCCAACAACGAGAACGAAGUGUUCAACUCGGAGGCGGGAGUGACUUGUGAGACAUUCCAUGAGGAGAGAGAGUGUAAGACGUGAUUGACAGUGUCCCACUAGAAUGUAAUUCAUACAGGGUAAUAUUCUCCUUCC